AUGUUGAGCAUGUUCAACAAGGUAGCCUCGGAAGCACCGACCUUGGUACCGGUAGCAACGACCUGGACCUCGGAAACGAUUUCGAUGGUACCACGGGCAAUCUUGGUCGGAAUACCCAAAGCCUGGAAGAAAGAGGUCUUUCCGGGCUCCAUACCGGUGUUACCAGCGGGGAUGAAGACAUCGGUGGUGGCGACGGCACCAGCACGGGCAGGGGCAGCGACAGUGACGGAGGUGAUGGUGUCACGGAUGGUCUUCAAGUCACUGUUGGUGAAAACGAAACCGGUGUUACCCUUGACGAAGGGCAACAAGCGCUCGUACUCGGGGAACUCACCGAGGAAGCCACGGAUGGCACGGCGAACCAUGGUGUUCUUACCCAUGAGGACGACGGCAUCACCACGGAGCUUCUUACGGAUGGUGUGCAUCUGCUGGGAAGACACAUUGUCGACACCAACGAUGAAGAUGGACUUGUACUCCUCCAAGAGAACACGGAGCUUCUCGAAGUACUCAGCCUUCUGUGCGCGAGAUCCACCCAUUUUGAUUAUUGACGGUCGGUUAGAGAAAAGAGAACACUCGAAUCUGUUUAAGCCUUAG